AUGAGUAAUAAUCAUGAUGAAUUGGUAACAUCAGGGGAUCCGAUGCAUCCAGCAAAUUUAAUAUGUUCGUUAUGUGCUAAAUUCUAUGAAAAGGAUUGGUGUCUUGGAACAGGUGGUGGAAUCUCUAUUAAGGAUCCUCAUACUAAUCAUUACUUUAUUGCCCCAUCAGGUGUUCAAAAGGAAUUAAUGAGACCUACGGAUUUGUUUGUCGUUGAAGGUACUGACAACAAUAAAGAAUUGAAUGUGGAUGAUGUAACAUUUGUUAGGAAACCUCCUGGUUUGAAACCAAGUGAUUGCACACCUCUAUUUCUGACUUGUUUCAAAGAAUUAGACGUUGGUGCAGUGAUUCAUACACAUUCAUCAAAUGCUGUACUGGCAUCGUUAUUAUACGAUGAUUUUUUUGAAAUAUCACACAUUGAACAAAUUAAGGCAAUGCCCAGUGAUAAGUGGGAUCCCGUAGCAAAUAAAUAUAUAAACUUAUUAUUUCAAGAUACUUUACGUAUUCCAAUCAUCGAUAAUAAAAACUUCGAGUAUGAAUUGACAGAUGAUUUGUUAGAGGUUUGCAAGAAACAUCCUCACAGUUGUGCAGUACUUGUAAGACGUCAUGGUAUAUUUGUUUGGGGAUCUACAAUUGCAAAAGCUAAGAUAUACAAUGAGUCUAUUGAUUAUUUAUUAGGUUUAGCUAUUCAGAUGCGUCAAUUAGGUCUUCCAACUGUGAAACCUUCAAUAUAA